AAAAGUAACAGAGAAUUCAGUGCAAAUAGAGGGGAGGACGAGGAGAAGACGAGGAGAAGAGGGAAGAAGAGAGAGAGAGAGAGAAAAUCGGGGAUGGGGUAUGUGAAUUGGUUGAUGUACGCAGCGGGAGGGAUAGCGGUGGCCGGGAUGGCGUUAUUGGUGGCGUUUCAGGAGAAGCUGGUGUACGUGCCGGUGUUACCUGGUCUCACCAAGGCAUACCCCAUCACCCCCUCCCGCCUCCGUCUACUCUACGAAGAUGUCUGGCUCCGAUCUUCCGAUGGCGUCCGCCUCCAUGCAUGGUUCAUUAAGGUCUUCCCCGAUUGUCGAGGUCCAACUAUCCUGUUUUUCCAAGAGAAUGCUGGAAAUAUUGCCCACCGUCUUGAAAUGGUUCGCAUAAUGAUACAGAAGUUGCAAUGCAAUGUUUUCAUGCUUUCAUACCGAGGAUAUGGAGCAAGUGAUGGUUAUCCUUCUCAGCAUGGAAUUACCAAGGAUGCUCAGGCUGCUCUAGAUCAUCUUUCUCAGAGGAGUGACAUUGACACAUCUAGAAUACUUGUAUUUGGAAGGUCUCUUGGGGGUGCUGUUGGAUCCAUGCUUGCCAAAAACAACCCUGACAAGGUUGCUGCCCUCGUACUGGAAAACACUUUCACAUCUAUUCUGGACAUGGCUGGAGUUCUACUGCCUUUCCUGAAGUGGUUUAUUGGGCGCAGUAGUUCAAAAGGUCCUAAAAUUCUUAACUUCCUUGUACGUUCUCCUUGGAGUACCAUUGACAUAAUAGGCCAGGUUAAGCAGCCAAUCCUUUUUUUCUCUGGAUUGCAAGACGAGAUGGUUCCUCCUUCCCAUAUGCAGCUGUUGUAUGCUAAAGCUGCUGCUCAUAACAAGAAGUGCAUUUUUGUGGAAUUUCCUAAUGGCAUGCAUAUGGACACUUGGCUGUCUGGUGGUGAUCAUUACUGGAGAACAAUUCAGCAGUUCCUUGAAGAGCAUGUUCCAGAGAAAGAUGAAAAAGAACCAUCUCAAAGGGAUAAAGAUUUUGAAGGAAGAUGAAUGAUUAGGACAUUACUUUUCAAAUGUUAUUGAUUCACUCGCGAGGGACCUCAAGUCGUCUUCUUUUUUUGUUCCAUAAAAUUGCAGCAGUUAAAAGCUAUUUGUGAGUUGGAGCAGCUGAGACCAGUUGAAUGGUUUCCCGAACUUCAACAAUCGCCAAAACAUGUCGAUAUCCCUUGGAUGCUGUACGACGUUUUGACAUACCCUGAACAUUGAAACAUAUACAUAUUCUUUCUGGAUCGUUUGUAUCUUUAUAGUGUGAUCUGACAAUUUGUAGUUGCACUGUUUUCUUAAGUCAUCUCCCCCCACAUUGUAAAACUUUGUAGAUGCCCUAGUAUGUUAGGAAAAAUGCAGUAUGGCUUUGAUGGGUGGUCCUGCGUCCCAGAGUCCUUUACAGGAGUGUCAAAUGCAUGAAUGCUUGUGCGUAGGAGUGUCUUUUUAAUUCUCAUAUACUGGCAUUACCUUUGGUUUCUUACCCUUGGUCAUGGCUGAACGAAGUAUGUUGAAUUUGCUGAAAUUCCAAUUGUGUUUUAGAA